AUGGCAAAGGCCAGAAAGAUUGCUGUCGUCGGUUCUCGUUCGGUUGGUAAGUCGUCUAUGACGGUUAGAUUUGUGGAAGACCACUUCGUAGAAUCUUAUUAUCCGACAAUAGAGAAUCAAUUUUCGAAGACUAUAAAUUACAAAAAUGAAGAAUACGCUAUCGAAAUACUAGAUACUGCGGGCCAAGAUGAGUUCUCUAUCAUGAAUGAAAAGCAUUUAAUCGGAAUUCACGGGUAUUUAUUAGUUUAUUCUGUAACGUCUAGACAAUCUUUUGAGUUGAUAGAAGUUAUAAGAGAUAAAAUUUUGGACUCCAUCGGUUCAGAUGAUAUCACAAUGGUUUUGAUUGGGAAUAAAUGCGACUUAAACUAUCAGAGGCAAGUCGAACUUGAAGAUGGCGUUAAUCUUGCUAAGAAGUUCAAUUGCAGGUUUUUGGAGAGCUCUGUUCGAGACAACGUUAACGUUAAUAAAGCUUUUGAGUCAUUGAUUGAAGAGAUCGAAAACAAGCAGAACCCACCGGUGAAGCAAAAUGAAAAGUGUACAAUAGUUUAA